ACAAUAUUACCCCUGCAACCUCCCCGCCCGACCCCCAGCUUGAAACAAGCUGCCGCUUGCCAACGUAUUUUUCACUCAGAAACAUAUACAUACAACCUUAGAAAAUGGUCUCAACACAAUCAACCCCAAAUAUUUUCCUCUAAUAUACUUAAAUCAUAUAUACUAGGUGAUUGACAAGAAAUAUUCAGAGCCCAUUUUCCAAAUCACCCUUUUGCUUCAAUCUUGAUCAAGCCCUAACUUAAGGUUUAAACAUCAUGUUCCUAAGUUUAAACGAAUUGACGAAAAUAGAAGAAAAGGUUGUUCUGAUAUACAAUAAGAAAUCAAGUUGUAUUGGGCAUGGCGCACUCAUCGAUUCCAAUGGUUUAAUUUUGACAGCUAGUCAUCUUUUUGAUGAGUCUACUGUUAUUGGUUAUCGGGUAAAUGUUAGAGUCAAUGGUGGGAGAGCUACUCAAAUGUAUGUUGCAAGAGUUGUCAAAUUGGAGUGGAAAUGGGAUAUAGCUUUGCUGCAGAUUGAGGUGCCUAAUAAGUUGAAGUAUGCUAAAUUUGCUAAAAAGGUCCGGGUUGGACAGGAUUUGCAUAUGGUCGUUUCCAGUGAUGGUGAUAUUUUAUCCUACACCAGUGGUACCGUUGCUUUUGAGAGGAGGCCAUUUGGAGAUAUUGUUCAUUCUAAGAAUAUCGACUAUUUUGAUCCCGAAACAAUCUUUGUUCAAGCGCAUAACUUGCAUGGACAACCAGGUUGUUCGGGUGCACCUAUCUUCAGCUCGAAAGGUCGUAUUGUAGGGAUGUAUAGUUCGGCUUAUUUAAAGAGUGAUUUACUGGUCCAUGUGGAACAUUUGAAGACACUUUCUUACAGUUUUAUUCAGGAAGGUGAAACAUCUGAAGCCGGAGGAAAGAAGAAAAGGAAGCAAAAAAAGAAAAGAGGUGAAACAUCAGAAGCUGGAGGAAAGAAGAAAAGGAAGUGAAGUAUUCCAAAAUAGAUUCCCUUUUUAUGAUUCCAUUGAAGUAUCUCUCUGAAUUGCUUGAGUUGCUUUUGCUAAAUAUUCUCAAACUAGAAAUUCAUUGUGGAAGUAAAAAAUUAUAUUUUCUUUUACUCGAGCGAUGUACUAUAUAUUUAUGAACGAGGAAAGGCGCAUGAUGAUACCGCCAAUUACUAUGGCAGCCUUUUUUUUUUAUGUAUUGUUUCUUUGUUUCUUAAA